CACUCAAGCCCGGUGAGAACCGAGCAAACAAGCUGUCAAUGAGCAGACGCGGCCACGGCGAGGGCAGUACAAGAUGGAGCAAGGACUCAAGGCGCAUCAUACACACACCCAUGCCUCUUGUCUCCCUCAUCCUUGCCAUGUUUGUUCUCCUCCUUCCUAUUGGCCAACUCACCCGAGCAAGUGACGCCCCAGUCAGUAUGGGUCGCGCCAAUUUGCGCAUGCAUGUCUACUCUGCGCCAUCAUCUCAAUUCACCCUUGUCGGCGUGGCCAUGGCAGAGUACUACAACGCACACGUCAACGAUUCAAGUCAUAUUGACGUCAUUCGCUUCCCUCUGCAGCAACUUCUCGAUCGAUCGAUCUACUCGUAUUGGGUCGACGCGCUCGGUGGUCCAGACGUCUUGCCGCUCUUUCAAGGUGCGCGGGCGAAGGAGUUUGUCGAUAGUCACCUCCUCGUCGACCUUACUGAUGUGUGGGAUGAGACUGGCCUCACCGGUGACGUUUUUCCGCUUGUGGAUGACGCUGUCACAGACUCGAGUGGCCAGGGCAGGUACGCCGUGCCCACUCUCGGCUCGGGCUCUAUGUGCAUGUACCGCGCAUCGGUCUUUGCCGCCCACGGCGUCCAGCCUCCGGCGAGCUGGAAGGCCCUCCUCGAGCUCUGUGCCGUCUUUCAUGCUGUUGGCAUUCCUUGCUUUGGCACCGAUCUCGAGACGCUGCCGGUCUCGCAGUACUUUGACGGGCUCGCGGUGCGGAUGCACGGCAACAUGUUCUACGCUGACUUUUUCGACGGUCAUGUCUCGUUCACUGACCCGCGAGUGCUUGCCGUCUUUGAGGAGCUCAUCGAUCUCAUCGAACUCGGCUACUUUGGCAUGCAGGCAUCGUCGCUGCCUGGCCUCUCCAGCGAAGUGGUGAGCUUUGGCGCGCUCGCCCGCGGCGACGUCGCCGUCAUUUGCGGUCUCGAGUCGCUCUCACCAUACCUCACGCUGUUUGGCGUGCCCGACGAUGACGUCCUUGCCUUUCCCUUUCCCACUGUAGCUCGGACCCACCCGCGGGCCACUGCCACGGCUGAGACCGACACCUCGGCAGCACUCGGGGUUCUGGGCAUCAUGAGCAUCCCAAAGAACGCCGUCUAUCUGGCCGAGGCCAAGAACUUUGCGCGGAUCACCAUGACCAGGGAGGCGACAACCGCCAUUCUGGCCAACCGGCCUGGUAUGGUUCCGCUCCGUAGGUCGAUGGCUUCACUCCUCACCACCAACCGCUCUCGGCAGGUCUUCGACAUGUUUGCCUCGUCGCCAAUCCUCCUCCGCAACUCGGCGCUGGUCGGCUUUGGCAUCCCCGCGGUCAUCGACGGUUGGUGGCAAACGCUACUUCGAUUCUACUCGGCACCCAACGGCGCUGAGGCCCGUGCUGGGCUCGUCAGCGAUCUCGCCGCAGUCGACGCGCUCCGAGUCCGACUUGUCCUCGGCCAGGCUGCGCAGCCCGAGUUUACUCCUCCGUCGGGCACGUUUUCCAACACGGUCAGCGUCGUCAUUUCGUCGUCCCAGGACGAUGCCGUCAUCUACUUUACCCUCGAUGGCUCGGAGCCGUCGUUCACUUCGUCUGUCUACUCUGAGCCCAUCCGCAUCGCCACCUCGGACACCGUCACCGUCCGCGCUACUGCCGCCGUCCAGGGCCUCUCGCUCGCUACCCCGGCUUCUGCCACCUACGUCGUCAACAUCCCGCCGGCCACAGACUCGGGCUCAGUCCGCCUCUCGCUCCUCCUUGCCAUCGUCAUCCCGGUCACUCUCGCUUGCUGCGGCAUCUGCGCCGCUGUCGGCUACGUCAUCUACCGUCGCAAGUCGGUCACCUACACCCUCGUCUCGGACGCCGAGCUCGUCAUCCCGCCCGAGAACCUCCGCGUCCUCCACGUCGUCGGCCGCGGCUCGUACGGCACCGUCUACGCCGGGACAUGGCGCGCCACGAGCGUGGCCAUCAAGCGCAUGCAUGCCAAGGUGCUCGGCCCACGCGAGCUCUCCGAGUUUGUGGACGAGGCCCACACGCUGCACCUCCUCCGCCACCCGAACAUUGUCAUCUUUAUGGGCGUCACGCUCGAGCCGCCGGCCAUUGUGACCGAGUUUAUGGAUCGCGGCUCGACGAUACAGUCGGUCACCUACACCCUCGUCUCGGACGCCGAGCUCGUCAUCCCGCCCGAGAACCUCCGCGUCCUCCACGUCGUCGGCCGCGGCUCGUACGGCACCGUCUACGCCGGGACAUGGCGCGCCACGAGCGUGGCCAUCAAGCGCAUGCAUGCCAAGGUGCUCGGCCCACGCGAGCUCUCCGAGUUUGUGGACGAGGCCCACACGCUGCACCUCCUCCGCCACCCGAACAUUGUCAUCUUUAUGGGUGUCACGCUCGAGCCGCCGGCCAUUGUGACCGAGUUUAUGGAUCGCGGCUCGAUGUACGAGGUCCUCCACACGGCCGAGUUGUUCCUCGACCCGUCGAUGGUCUUCAAGUGGGCGCACAACAUCGCACAGGGACUGCAGUACCUCUCGCAUGCCGGGAUUGUACACGGCGACUUCAAGUCGCUCAACGUGCUCUUUGACUCGUCGUGGGUGCCCAAGAUCUGCGACUUUGGCCUAUCGUUGGUCAAGAAUGAUGUGGCUGGUGGUAGGCCUGUGGCGCCUAGUGCAGUGCAGACGUCUGAUGCGGCUCUCUCAUGGGCAAUGCCGUUUACGAGGCAUGAUUCGGUCAAAUCGUCCCGCGGCUGGGCGACUGGGGCGGUCGACAGCUCUCGUCUGGUAUCGGUCGAGGCCGAUGAUGGCUCCGAGUUAAUGACGAUGAACACGACCGGGACGAUGUUCUGGGCGGCACCCGAGGUGCUGAUGGGCGGCAAGGAAGAUUUGACCACCGAGUCUGAUGCGUUUGCCCUGGGUAUUACGCUGUGGGAGUUGGCAACGCGCGAGGACCUGUAUGCCGGGGAGAACGCGCUUGCAGUGGCGUUGCAGGUAGUGGGCGGGCGGCGGCCGGAGAUUGCGAUUGUGCCGUCGGGACUGGUGGGGCUGGUCCCGGUCAUGACUGCGCUCUGGGCGGCUGAAGCGAGCGAGCGGAUCAGCCUUGACGAAGCGGUGAAUGAGCUUGCUGGUAUGUACUCUGCAGAACAGGUGGUGUAUCCGUCAACGCCCGAGGUGCCGUCUGGCCGAAUCAUUGUGGUCCACUGCGUGAUGCGCGGGGUGCGCGAUGAGCUGCUGCGGAACGUGGAUCGCUCUGUGGAGCGCCUUCGUGCCUUUCACCAGAGCAUUCCGUGGAUGGCGCAGGUGGCAUCGGUGGCGAUCUUGCAGUGGGGCCUCGGGUGGGCCACGCUCGGCCUCCACCGGCCUAACCAGCUCUUGGACUUGCUGUUGAUGCGAACAGUCGAGGUGGGGGCGGUGACAAUGAUGGCUGCUGAGGGGGUGAUUCUUUCGUCGCGCGACGGGCGUGGGCACAAGCAGCUGGGUGGUCCGGUGAUGGAGACGCUGCAGUCGUGCUGGGUGGAGAUGUUUGGCCCGAGCGGCUCGGGCUUUGACGGCUUUCGGCCAGAGACGGCUUCUAAUGCGAAUGUGUCGGUCUCACGACCGCUGCUCUCCGAGUCGUGGAGCCAUGCGGUGCCCGGCGGUCUGUUUGUGACAUCGAUGGAGCUUGCGAGUCAGAUCAAGAAACGUGACGGCGUGCAGGCUGUCCGGCUGCCAUGGCUAGUCCACGGCGAAGUGGUGCACCAGGUCGUGGUGCAUGACGAGGUGUCGGUCUCAGAGGUGGCGCGGCCGUUGCGGGCUGGCGAGUCGUGGAACUGUAACAGCGACGAGUCGGUGGUCCUGGCAGAUGCAGCGACAGAGGUUGAUGCCGGGGAUGAGCUUGUGCCUAACCUCAUGGCUGUGGCAUCGAUUCCGCUUGAGGCGCGAGAAGAGCAGGUCGAGUUGACCGAGUCGAUGGUCCUCCCUGACUCGCCGAGCCGGUCGAGGCAGCUGGUCAAGUGGGAGCUACCGCGCUGGGCAGUGGUGAGCAUGAUGGAGUCGUGCGGGGAAGCGUGGCUCGGCUCGAUGGCAACAGCCUACGAAGCGGAGCUCCAGGGCCAGCCGGUGGUGGUCAAGGUCCUGCUGCGGCAGAAGAUGUCGCCGGACGAGCUGGUGAGCUUUACCGAGGCCGCUGCCCGUGCUACGCUCGCGUCGGCGGUCGGCGUCGUCGGCCCGAUUGCUGUCUGCCUCGACGCGCCGCUGCUCGCAGUCAUUAAUCCGCGGUACGACACAGGCUCGCUCUACGACAGCAUGACGGGCAUCUCGCCGCUAGUGCUCAACCGCCGCGGCGUGCACACUGUGGCAAAGUCGAUGACUGCCGCGCUGGCCAAGCUCCACACCGAGACAGGGAGGGCGCACGGAUCGCUGCGGCCGACCAACGUGAUGCUCGUCGGGGCGAACCGGGCGAUCAUUACAGCGCACAUCAUCGACUUUGGCUUUGGAGAAGUCAAGUCCUCGCUUGGGACGCAAACCAUGGUCCCAACCGUGGCGUACAUGUCACCGGAUGAUCUGGGCGGCGAGAUGGACUCGAUGCCCGGCGAUGUGUUUGUGGUCGGCACGCUCCUCUACGAGAUGCUGAGCGGCGAGCAGGCGUUCGAAGGCACAAACGCCAUUGAGGUCUCGCGCGCCAUUGUGGUCGGGACGCGGCCAGCUGUGACCUCAAGCGAAGCCCACUUUACCAUCGGCCGCGCCCGCUACCGCUCCCUCUUUGGCCGCCGCCAGGUCCUGGCAAAGUCGGCUCUCUGCAAGUGGCUUGCCAACCCGACGACGCCACAAGCAGCUGCGACGCAGGCCGCGACUCAGGCCGAUACGCCUGACGCGCCUGGAUCUGCUGCAGCUCCAGUCAUUCCGCCAGCACUGAUGCUGAUCGAUCCGCCCAAGCCGCUCCACAGCGACAACGCUGCCGCCUACGAGCUUGCCAUACGAGCGGGCCCGUGGCGAUUUGACCUCGCUGCCGCCUCGCACCGCUCUGGUGUCGAUCUUGCCGGGCUUGCCCUCAAGGACCGCGUCCCGCUGGCUGUCAAGCUCGGCUACAUGACCUGGAUGGACGCCGUCCGCGCCCGUCUCCGCAUCGAGGUCACCAACCGUCCAGACCCGGCCCUCGCCACCAUCAACAUCCUUUCGUACACCUGCGACUCGCCGAUCCUGGGCCAACGCUACAUGAUGCCGUACCUCGACUUGAUCAGUUCUCUCGAAAGAACAGCGCACGACGCGCUCUCACGACUGCACGAGGCCGAAGCUGACCCCACGAUCUCAAGCACCGCGCUGGCCGCCGUCGCUACUGCCAUCGAGGACCUGCUGUUUGUCAUAAUUGAGAUCGGCUACGACGCCGUCGAUGACUUUACUUUCCUCCUUGCCCGCUCGGACAAAGCCUCGCUAACCUGCCCCGAGUGGGUCGACUCGGCCUCGCCCGACAUCCUCCUGCUCGCCUCGGACGCCCACUCGGCCAUCGCGUCGACUCUCCAGAUGCUCGGCCGCCUGCUCGCCGAUCCCGACGCUGCAGACUCUGUCUUCUCCACCAUGGCUGCCCACUGGGAGGCCGCCCUUGGCCCGCGCUUUUACUGGGUGUGCAACAACCAGGCGCUUGGCAUGCGCCACUGGGCCGGCCUCCACGCCCACCUCGACAACACAGCGCGCCGCCGCGAACUCAUGGAGCGCGCACUCAGCCUCCUCGAGACCGCCACCACCGAGCGCCCACACUCGGCCCGGAUGCGUCUCAACUACGCGCGUGUUGCCCGUGAUACCGCCCUCAUCCUCGACAUCGACGACCCGAAGCGGAAUGAGCUCCUCCGUGCCGCCCUCGCCAUCGGCACUGAGCUCGCUGCAGGCCCCAACCACAUGGGCCGCCUCGCCCGCGAUCUGGCCGCCACCAUCGAAGACAACGACGAGCGUGCUGCCGCCUUUGACGUCGCAGAGGCCCACUACGCAGAGGCCAACCUCGCCCCGACCGAUCCGGCCUACCACAACACCAUCAACAACUGGGCCAUCACCAUCCUCACUCGCGCCUUAUCGCUUCAUCCGCUCUCGUCGCCGGCCUUUACUGCCCUCGUCGACGACGCCGCCUCGCGCUUUGCAACGCUUGCUCCAGCGGUCGACGACUCGGGAGCCCUCGUCGUCGUGCCCGACAGCGGCAGCAAGUUCGAGUCUUUAGACAAGGCUGUGGUCUACUACACGUGGGCCUUCUUCUCGCUUGCCCGGCUCCACGCCGUCAAGGGCGACGAGGUGACGUGCGCCAAGUGGCUCCACCUCUUCCUCCGCCAUUGCCGCCCAGCCACCGUCGUCCUCGACGCUAUCAACGGCGAGGCGGACGGCUACCCAGACCGUCUCGCCACUGUCCGCCACGCUCCCUUCUUCUUGGCCUUUAUGGACGAGGUCCGCAGCGCGAUCGCCGCCGAUGCCGCCGCACGCGCCGCCGCGCGCGCCGCCGCUUCCACCACCUAGCCGCGAUGCGUCUCGAGCGCCCGCUGCACCCCACUACAACCACACUGGUCGGCGAGCGCGUCGCAAAUGGCGCCCCACUCAUUAACCAGGCG